ACUGAGGUGUGAUUGCAUUUUUUCUGAACACUGAGAGAUAAGACAUUCACUAUAUAUGUGUCUUUAGAGCCUGACAAGGAGCCAACAGAUAGGGAACCGACUUAAGAGAGAAGAUGGUGAAGUCAGCGCUGGCCGUUGUGGCUCUGCUGGCUCUAGUGUCCAGGCUUCAGGCGUUUGUGUCCGUCGGAGGAAGCGGAAACACACAUGUAACCAUCACUGGAAACACUGUUAUGGCAAAGAUUACAGAGGUUUGUGAAGCAGUGGCUGAAGCAGAAGGAAGAGAAUUCAAGCCAACGGGCUCGUCGGUAGAAGAGCUGCUGCGUGCAUGUUUGGGCACGACGGGUGAGGUUUCCGGUGCCAAGUUCCGUACGGCGCUGAAUCAGAUCUACAUGCAGAAUGGCAUCGUGGACCGGGACUUCAUGAACAGUCCAUCACACCACUUUAACAACGAGGCCUUCGCUGAGGGACGAAACCUCAUCAUUCAGGGCACUGCAGCCAUUAAAGCCAACGUCCGGUCAGAUAACCUACAGUCGGCCCGUGAAACACUGGGCAGAGUGUGCCAUACACUACAGGACUUUUACAGCCACAGCAACUGGGUUGAAUUAGGGAACAAAAGUCCAUAUGCCAACCUCAUCAGACCGGAUCUGAAUGUGGAGAACAUUGCAGAUGUUGAAAUGCCAACAUGCAGUGACUGUGCCAGUGGUACCUGUACAAACCAACUGCUACCUGCCGUCCUGAAUGGAAAGUUUCUCACUUCAGGAUACAUGGGAUUGUUCUCCUCUGACAAACCUCAAGGUAAAUGCAGCCACGGUGGCGCGUCUGAUCUCAGCAGUUCCCAGAAUCCUCGAGGUGGGAUCAGUAAAGAUGAGCGUCAGUCCCAUAACUCUAACCAACACAACAGUGCUGUGAACCUGGCGUCUGAAGCCACUCUAGAGCUGCUGGAGGACAUUCGUGGAGCUAUCGGAAACAAAGACUUCCUGCGACUGAUGGGUAUCGCACGCUCCGCAGUGCUGGCUUUUGUGAUUGACACCACCGGCAGCAUGGCAGACGACAUCGCAGAAGCAAAGAGAGUGGCCUACAACAUCAUUGACACCAAGAAAGGAACUCAGGAUGAACCGUCUGAAUAUAUUCUGGUGCCAUUCAACGAUCCAAAGUUUGGACCUCUGAUUAGAACCACAAACCCAGAUGUGAUGAAGUCUGAGAUCUCCAAGCUGAAAGCUGAAGGAGGCGGAGAUAUCCCAGAAAUGUGCUUGUCAGCGCUUCAGUUGUCUCUGACUGGUGCACCAUCUUCUUCCCAUAUCUACGUGUUCACCGACGCUCCACCAAAAGAUACUCACCUGGAGAAAACCAUCACAGCCCUCAUCCGUAGCACCAAGUCCACUGUGUCUUUCUUCAUGACCCCAUCAAAGAGGAGGAGGAGGGCAGUGGCAGCAGCCUCUACGUUUCAGGUGUAUUACGACAUGGCUUUAGCUUCUGGAGGUCAAGCUAUCGAGGUCCCCAAAUCCAGCCUCUCUCAAGCCACCGACAUCAUUGUGGACACCUCCACUUCAGCACUGGUGACCAUUCUCCAGCGCUCCAGGAGUCCGGGACGGAAAGAGAGUUUCCCUUUCCUGUUGGACAAGUCUAUGUCCAACACUACCAUCUACAUCACAGGAAGCAGCCUCACAUUCAACCUGCACAGCCCUUCUGGUGUGUCUCAAUCUAACUCUGUGGUCAAUGGACCUCUGGGAACCAUUCACAGAGUGGGAAACCUGCAACGAAUCCAGCUAAACGGGAGUGACACAGGCCUGUGGCAGAUUGAAAUGACCACAACUCAGCCCUACACCGUAAAAGUGACUGGUCAGAGUGCGAUUACAUUCAUCUACGAUUUUGUGGAGGAGUUCAAAGGACCCCAUCCUGGAUUUGCUGUCAUCGACGGCCGGCCAUCAGCAGGCUCACCAGCUAAGCUGCUGUUGACACUGACUGGAGAGAAGGGUCCAGAGGCUCUGGAGGUGCAUCAGGUGGCUCUUGUGGAGGUUUCUGGGGAAAAGGUGUCCAAUGGGACUGUAGACAAAAUGGCCGAUGGAGAUUUGCUGGUUACUGUGAAAGAAGUGCCUGGGGGAGAGUUUGUGGUCCUGCUGAAAGGAAAAGACAAGACUUACUCCAGCCUGUUUCAGAGGCAGACCACCACACAGAUGUCCCUGUCCAAAGUCACCAUCAAGGCAGUGGCCGACAGCUCUAUGCUUCCAGGAGAAGUAUUUAAACUUAAUUUUACAGUUACGACCAAUGGAACUGGCGGUGCCUACACAAUCCGUGCCAGGAACGACAAGAACAUCCCCAUGUCACAUCCGUCAACGCUCAAUGUUGCGAGCGGCGGCAGUGCUCAAGGGACCAUUUCUCUCACUCCUCCUUCUGCAACGCUCUCAGGAACCGAUGUCACGCUGACCAUCGAGGCUGAAGGCCCUGGAGGAGCGGAUUCAAACUAUGCUGUCCUUCGGCUUUCAGUUCUCUCUAAGGUGACUGACUUGACGCCUCCAAAAUGCUCAAUUGUGGACGUCCAGGGUGUUUGCUACGCCUCUGCUUGCAGCUCGUCAAACUGGGAACUGUCUGUCAACAUCACAGACGGCAACGGCACAGGCAUCCAGAGCAUUUCCAUCCAGCAGGGCAGUGGAAACUUCACCCAGAAGGUAGCGGAGGAUGUAGUGAUGGGUCGUUACGAGGCCUCUUGUUGCUCAACUUCUGUGACUUUGUCCGCUGUCGACAAGGUAGGGAAUGUCGGCAGAUGCAGUUACAACAUGAAGUCUGGCACAGGGCCUCGUCUUUUCACCAUGUCCAUUCCUUUAUGGGCAUCUCUGCUGUUGUACGUGGUUCUGCGCGAUGUGUCUCUGUAAUGAUCAGGAGUUCAUAGCAAAUACACAAUCCUCCAAUUCAUCUUUAUUUUUAAAAAUAUGAAGUAUUUUCAGGUAUGGAGGACAACCAGUGAAGAAUCAUGCAGCUUAUUUACAACCUACAAACACGUCCAAAUAGAUGAAAGAUUUAUGAGUAAAUAAAUAUAUGUAUGUAUCAGGAUUUAUGCAUAUUUAUGGUGUCUUGAGAAAGCCGACAUACUGUUAUACUACAUUAACUUUUUCUUCUUUUUGUUAUAAUUUUUAUAUGCAUCUCCUCCUAGACAGUCCAUGCUACAAACACCAAACUUACUCCAGAUCUCCACACUGGUCUGACUCGGGUUGCUAUAUCUUUAGGAACUGAUCUAACUUACGGUUUUCCGAAAACUGACCUGGAAAAUUCUGAAAAGUCUAAUUGACUUAACAUUGGACCAAACUUUGUGACCUCAUAACUUUGGCCCA